GAAAGAAAGAAAGAAAGAAAGAAAGAAAAGAAAGUCCUUCCGACUCCUCCCGCUGCGUCCCCCCUCCCCUCCCCAAGGGCCGGGGUUAAGCGACUCUUACGGCAGCGGGACUCUGUUCCGCAGCGGCGCUAUAUAAACCGAGGCUGCGGAACAAGCGAGGAAAGAAGACGGACUCGGUGGCUUAAGGCAACCAACAAACUGAGCAGCCGGCUCCGAGGGUCGGUUUAGAGCCGCAACCGAAUCUCUCUCUCUCUCUCUCUCUCUCUCCCCCCCCCGAGUUCCCACGUGCCAUUUAAGAUCUUUGGCGCUUCUCUCUCUCUCUCCCGCCGCUGUUGAUCUUUCUCUGUUACUUUCCUUCUCCCGCCCUCUGAUGGCUCCCAACCUCACCGGCUACUACCGAUUCAUCUCCCAGGACAAUAUGGAAAAUUACCUCCGUGCCUUAGACAUCAAUGUUGCUCUGAGAAAACUGGUUUGCCUCCUGAAGCCGGACAAAGAGAUCGUCCACACUGGAGACCACAUGACCAUCCGCACAUUAACUUCACUUCGAAAUUAUAUAAUGGACUUUGACCUGGGGGUUGAGUUUGAAGAGGACUUGGGGCCCGUGGAUGGACGCAAGUGCCAGACAAUUGUCUACUGGGCUGGAGAUCAGCUGGUGUGCGAACAGCGAGGAGAGAAACAAAAUCGGGGCUGGAGACAUUGGCUAGAAGGGGACCAGCUGCAUCUGCGCAUGACAGCAGAGGAUGAAGUUUGUGUCCAGGUUUUCCAGAAAGUGAAGUGAUUCCCUGGGGCAACACAUGCCUUCCACCAAGCACUACCUUCUGGAUGCAACAGGCGUUAGAGCACCAAAAAAGGACCAGAAUCAAUUGGCUUUUCACACCUUAUCCUACACCUUCUCUUUUGGAUUAAAGUAAUACAGAUGACCAAUG